CCGACGCCAUCGGCCGAGAGCCAGACGCCGGGCGCGCCUGACGAGCCCGGGAGCGGGAGCGCGACAGCCGGUGCCGGCGGGGGCCGGGCUGCGCCGGGGGCGAGCGCGCAGCCGGCCGCGACGCCGGCCGAGGACGCCGCCGCCGGCCAGACGCUGGAAGGCGAUGACGGCGACGACCUGCUGGUCGGGGGCGCCGGCGACGACCUGCUGGACGGUAAGGCGGGCGAUGACCGCUUGCUGGGCGGGGCGGGCAACGACGUGAUCCGUGGCGGGGCCGGCAACGACACCCUGGACGGCGGCCGUGGUGACGACCGGCUCGAUGGCGGAGCGGGCGACGACCGGCUGGCCGGAGGCGAGGGGGACGACAUCCUCGACGGCGGCGCCGGUGACGACCGGCUCGACGGCGGCGCCGGCAACGACACCCUGAGAGGUGGCGAGGGGGACGACCGGCUCGACGGCGGGGCCGGCGACGACCUUCUGGCGGGCGGCGACGGCGACGAUCUGUUGUCCGGGGGCAGCGGCGACGAUCUUCUGGAAGGCGGCGACGGCGACGACCGGCUGCGCGGCCAGGCCGGCAACGACCGUCUGGCGGGCGGCGCCGGCGACGACAUCCUCGACGGCGGGUCGGGCGACGACCAGCUCGAUGGCGGCAGCGGUGACGACCUCCUGUCGGGCGGGUCGGGCGACGACAUCCUGGCCGGCGGGACGGGCGACGACCGGCUCGACGGCGGCGAUGGCGACGACCUGCUGGCCGGCGGCGACGGCGACGACAUCCUCGACGGCGGGGCCGGCGACGACCAGCUCGAUGGCGGCGCGGGCGAGGACAUCCUGGCCGGCGGCGCGGGGGAUGACGAGCUGGCCGGCGGGUCGGGCGACGAUACGCUGGACGGCGGCCUGGGCGACGACGCCCUGGCCGGCGACGCCGGCGCCGACAUCCUCGACGGGGGCUUCGGCGACGACCAGCUCGACGGCGGGGCCGGCGACGACGUUCUGGACGGCGGCUUCGGCAACGACCGCAUCGCGGCCGGCGCCGGCGGCGAUGCGGCCAGCGGCAGCUUCGGCGACGACGAGGUCGACGGCGCCGAGGGCGACGACCUCUUGUCCGGCAGCUUCGGCGACGAUGCGGGCUUCGACGCCGACAGCCGGGUCUGGGCCCGCAUGGACGGCCCCGACCUGGAGAUCCUGGUGCGCGGCGGCGACGGCAGCGACACCGCGAUUGCCAGCUUCGAGCAGUACGUGGCGCGCGAGGAGGCCUUUGCCGGGCUGGAGAUCAACGGCCGCAGCCUGAGCGGCGAGGAGCUGCUGAGCGGCAGCGACCUGACGGGCGAGCUGCCGGGCGAUACGGGUCCCAGCGCCCUCGACGGCCUGCUGGGGGCGGACGCCGUCGCGGGGGCCGGCGAGAGUCACUCCGGCGAGAGCGCCGGCCAGGGCGCCAGCUUCGAGGUCGCCGGCAGCGGCGGGGAAAACCAGGUCUUCGUGGUGCAGACCGGCGGUGCCGGCCGCAGUUCGGUGCAGGUCUUCGAGGGCGGUGGCGACGAGGUGGGGGCCGACAGCCUCGCCGAGGACGAGAUGGAGGCCGGGGACCGCGCGCCGGGCCGGGAGAGCCCGCCGCCGCUGCCGCGCGACGUGGAGGCGGGCGCGCUGGCGCGGCUGCUGCGCGCGCUCGGGCGCAAUGUCGGCGAAGGCGAGAUCGCCGACCUGGCGCCCAAGCAGUCGGGCCUGCCCAAGGCGUCCGACCGGCUGCUGCUGGCGGCCCAGCGCCUGGGCUUCACCGGGCGGCUCGCGCCGGCCGAGCCGGAGGCGCUGGCGGAGCUGCCGGCGCCCUACCUGCUGCUCGACGGCCCCCGGCCCUGGCUGGUCGUGGCGCGCGACGGCGACAGCCUGACCCUGUGCGACGUCGAAAGCGGCAAGACCCGCACGGUCGGCUUGGCCGAGGCGGCGCGCCUGGCCCCGCGGCUGCUCCUGCUGCGCGCCGAGGCGCCGGCCGCCGGCGGCGCCAACCAGGCGCUGCGCCGCCUGCUGCGCCGGCGCCUGCGCGGCGCGCUCGGCGAGCUGUUGAUCGCCUCGGCGGUGAUCAAUCUCUUCGUGCUGGCGCCGCCGCUCUUUCUGAUGACGGUGUUCAACAAGAUCGUGGCGCAGAAGGCCCUGGACACGCUGGACGUGCUGGUGGUCGGGAUGGUCGCGGUCUAUGCCUUCGAUGCGCUGCUGCGCGGCAUCCGCAGCUUCGUCGCCAGCCACGCCGCGGCCCGCCUGGACGCGCUGAUCGGCGGCGAGGUGGUGCACCGUCUGCUGCGCCAGCCCUUCGAGCGCUUCGAGCGCACGCCGGUCGGCCUGAUCAACGAGCGGCUGCGCCAGCUCGACGUGAUCCGCCAGUUCUUCACCGGCCAGAUGCCGCUGUUCAUGGCGGACUUCCUCUUCGUCUUCCUGUUCCUCGGCGUGCUCUUCGCGAUCGAGCCGACCUUCGCCUGGAUCUGCGCGGCGGCCAUCCCGCUGUUCGUGCUGCUCUCGGCGCUGGGUCUGCGCCGCCAGCGCGAGCUCUCCGACGAGGGCUUCGUGACCCAGGCGGCCAAGACCUCGGCCCUGGCCGAGUCGGUGAACAACGCGGUGACGGUCAAGUCGCUCUGGCUGGAAGGCGAGAUGGAAAAGCGCUGGGGCGAGCGCCUGGCGCUGGCCACCGCCACCGAGCGGGAGGCGCGCAACCGGGCCAACCGCCUGUCGGCCCUGCUGACCGGCCUGCAGCACCUGAUCGUGCUGGGCAUCAUCUACCUUGGCGCGCGCGAGAUCGUCGCCGGCGAGAUGUCCCUGGGCGCGCUGAUCGCCGCCAACCUGCUGGCGCUGCGCAUCGUCGCCCCGGCGCGCAAGCUGCUCUCGGCCCUGCGCCAGGUGCAGGAGGUGCGCGCCGCCUUCCGCCGGCUCGACGAGAUCCUGGCCGCCGCCCCCGACGCCGAGCCGCGCAGCCAGGCGCCGGCGCCCAGCCUGCGCGGGCGCCUGGCGCUGGAGGGCGUGACCUUCGGGUUUCCCGGCGCGCGCCAUCCGGUGCUGCAGCAGGCCGACCUGGAGAUCCAGCCGGGCCAGAUCGUCGGGCUGGUCGGGCCGGCCGGGGCCGGCAAGACCACGCUGCUGCGCCUGCUCCAGGGGCUCUACCAGCCCCAGGCCGGGCGGGUCUGCGUCGACGGGCUGGACCUGCGCCACAUCGCCCCGACCGAGCUGCGCCGCUACCUCGCGGCCGUGCCGCAGGAGACCCAGCUCUUCGCCGGCACGGUGCGCGAGAACAUCCUGCUGGGCCUGCCCGACGCCGAUCCGGCGCGCGCCGUGGCCGCGGCCAAGUUCGUCGGCGCCCACGACUUCAUCGCCAAGCUGUCCCAGGGCUACGAGACGCCGCUGGCCGAGGGGGGCGGCGGCCUGUCGGCGGGCCAGCGCCAGCUCCUCUGCCUGGCGCGCGCGCUGGUGCGCAACCCGCGCGUGCUGCUGCUCGACGAGUGCACCUCCGCCCUCGACAAGGCCAGCGAGGAGCGGUUGCUGCGCAACCUGGCGCGGGUCAAGAAGGGCCGCACCAUCGUGAUCGUCACCCACCGGCCGGCGCCGCUGGCCAUCUGCGACAAGGUCUACCGCGUUGUCGGCGGCAAGGCGGAGCUGGUGCGCGCGGGCAGGCGCCCGGCGCUGGGCGCGGCCGAGUCUGCCACGGCGGCCGAGUCCGAGCCCGCCACGGCGGCGGCCGCGGCCGAGGGCUGA